AUGGAUCCGUUUUCGUCUUCGCGAUACCAAUGCAAGCCCGAGAGCUUGGAGUAUCCGUACGAACGACAAUAUAAAUAUCAAAAGAACUGGUUGCAUAUAUUGCGAGAACUCUAUACGGACAGUAUGGACAUUCAUACGGACGCCAAACUUCUUUUUGAUGCCAUUAGGAGGGGAAAACACCGCCUGGCCAAAUUUAUACUGGAUGCAUCCUCCAGCGACUUGGUCAACUCCACAGACAUCAAGGGCAAGACUCCUCUCACUGUGUGUUGUCAAAUUAAGGAACAGAUGCGCAGGGGUGACAUGUUCUUUCUGCUUCUGGAGAAGGGAGCCGAUGUUAACGUACAAGAUGACCACGGACGUACCACAAUGAGCUAUGCGUGCGAGACGAAAUGUAAUGAUCUUGUCGAUAUGCUAAUUAGAGUUAACGACGUUGAUCCUGAUCUGGAAGACCACAAAGGAAACACACCCCUUAUCUACAGUUCUAUAGUCGGGAAUGAUAUUGCCACCGAUUUGUUAACGCGCAACUUUCGGCGACUAGGUUUGGAGAUUGAUCAUACCAACAAAAACGGUUUCACAGCCCUCCUGACUGCGGCCAAGCACGGGAACAUUUCGUGUGCCAGAAUUCUUGCUCAGCAAGGUCACGCUUCGUUGCAAGUCAGAGAUAAAGUACACGGCUACUCUGUUCAGGAAUGGCUUAAACUGGGUGGAUAUACACUUGAAGAUAUAGUUUCAGGUAAAAAACUCAACAAAACGAAGUCAAAAUACAUCAGUAUCACUCGACUGUCCAUUCCUAAUGAUUCAUCGAAGAAAAGUUACCACACUGACGAUGAUACCAGUGAUAACGAGGACACCUAUCAUCACGACUCAGAUCGCAAUUUUAGCUAUAGAGAAGACAAGAGAAUCAUACAUCGACAAUCUAGCGCUAUAGACGAAAGGUGUAAUCGGAGGGAGAAGUUGGAACGAAGAAAUAGUUACUGGGAAGAUAGACGAGACAGUCCACGUGACGACAGACGAGGUAGUCUUCGCGACGAACGUCGAGGAAGUCCACGACAGGAGAGACGAAGCAGUCAGCGGGAAGACAGACGGUCGAGUGUAAGAGAAGAGCGACGAGAGAGCUUAAGAAGAAUGAAGAAGCAACAGGAUGCCGAAAAAGAACGGAAGGAAAGAUUAAGUCGGGAGAUUGCCGACCUGAUAGAAGCGAAUGAAUUAUCUGGAGAGAGCACAGUGAUAAUUGAUCCAAACAUGCCUGUUGCAAAUACUAUGCUGAGAAGAAAAAGUCUGAAGACGUCGAUCGACCCAACCGUACUGAAAAACGUCAUUGUUCUGCCCCCGAUCAAUAAGCUGGCAGUCGAUGAUUCUGAUCCAAGCGACACUGAUGCCAAUAACACCGAAAUCGACGAUUACGAACAUGGCGGUCUGCGACGAAAGGAUUUCAUCUGCGAGAUUAACAAUCUUGUGCCUAAUGAAAUGGAUGAUGACGACGCUGAUUCCGUAUACACUAGUAAAGAUUAG